UUGUAUACUUGUAUUUGACCUAAUAAUAUAAUUAAUUAAACGUUGGCUAAUGACCUAGAAAUCGACGCCUAUAUACAUUUUUAAUACUUAAAAUAAUAAAUUUAAAUUGCAAUGGUAACAUGAAACAUAUUUUUAUGAAAGCUUUCAUGAUAUAUACAUAUAUACUUCCAAGUAGGCGAGGACCUGCAUAAGAACAGAUUAUAAUCGCAGGACGUGUUAUUAAAAAGAUAUCGUUUUUCAAAUGAUUCCGAGUUCUUUAAAUGUCAAAACUACCGUCAUGAAUUAUUUGUUAUAUACAUCUGUAUUGGUGUUUGGUGUACGAGCGUCUGAAAUCGAAUCGACAAAUUCUACUCUCAGACGACACAAGGUCCACAAUAUAGUUUUGUAUCCUGACAAGCAUUCGUGGUGUACGAGCACGCCCAUUAAACAAGUUAUAUCCGACGUCGAUUGCGAUCCUGUGGAGAUUGACAACCUCGUUUGCUUGGGUGCUUGUUUCAGUUAUUCCAUACCAAGAACGGUUCCGGCCAACAACGGCGACGAAGUUAACUCGUAUUGUGACUCAUGCCAACCCGUAAACACGAUAUGGAUUCCUGUGAAACUGAAGUGCAGCGAUGGAUCAAAUCACACGAAAAAAGUACAGCUGAUCAAAGAGUGCCGGUGCUCGUCCUGUAGCCGACACUGGGAACUGGAAAAUCCACCGACGGACGUUGUGGACGAGGAAACUUCCGUGCAAACAUCGAGAUAUAUGCAACUAAUGAAACUUGAACAAAACGAAAACGCCGAAGACGAACAGAAUUCUACUGACGCGGUUCCGAGUGCUGAGGAUGACAUACUGGACGCUGUAAACUUGACUAGGCUGGCUUAUGAGAAAAAUAUUUGGAUCCGAGGUCCACAUCAUUCGAAAGUACUAUUAAGAAAAGAAAAUAUGAUAAACUCACCGAAAGUCGCGGUCAACGACGACAUCGCCCAACAAUCUUUGGCAGAAGACGCUGCCGAUAAGAAUGAUACAAUUUAACGUGGAUUUUUACUAUUUUAUAUAUAAUUAUAUAGCUUUGUUUUAUUAUUUGAAUCGAUUAUAAAUGUAAUAAUAUAUAAUAUUAUGUAUAAAUAUGUUAAAUUUACAAUAAUA